AUGCUUCGAAGGUGGCCUAAACUGGGGCUGAUGCAGUCCUACUACAAGUACGGCUUGUGGCACUGCUGGCUGCUGGUCAGUCUAGUGCUGCUCCACCAGAUCAGCUACGGCCGGAUGGAGGAGGUGCUUCGGUUGCGGAGCGGUCAGUCCGCCGCCUUCGGACAGGCACGACAUCCACUGCAACAGCUGGAUGAACACGAACCGUACUCGUCUUCGUCGAACGAAAUCGAGUGCCCCAGCUUUGCGGAGAAUUCCGCCUGUCCGUGCUACAAGUUCGAAGAUGGACUGUUCCUGGAAUGCCCAAGCAUCACGGCGGAAGCAUUGCGAUCGACGCUGCAGCUCAUAUCGGCUCCUAUUCAGUCACUGUCGGUGUACGAGUUUGACCGUUCGGUGAAAUCCCUUACCGCAGACUUGUUUGCCUCAGCGUCGUCGUCGUCAGCGUCCGGGUCCGCGUCCCAGUUUGGCGCUUCGCCGCAGGCGUCCGGCGGCAGUGGCAGCAGCAGCAGCAACGAUGUCAACAUCCGACAUCUUCAGUUUUCUCACUCCAAUCUGCAGCAGCUGAAGGAGAACAGUUUGAAUAAUUUACGAGCGCAUUUAGAGAGCUUAAGUAUUGUAAAUGGAAAAUUGACACAAGUGCCCACAAAAGCCCUUAGUGGCAUGAAGAAGCUGAUGGUGUUGGACUUUGAGCUGAACGAAAUCGGAACCGUCGAGGAGUACGCUUUCUACGGGUUGCACCUGGUCAAGUUGAACCUCAAAGGCAACCGACUGGAACGGAUUCCGGAGAAUGCGUUGGUCGGGUUGGAGGAUUCCCUGGCGGAGAUUGACUUUUCGGAGAAUCGAUUGAAGCAGUUUCCGACGUCGGCACUGAAGCGGCUGGAGAAUUUGCGUUCGGUGCGUCUAUCGAUGAACGAGAUCAACUCGCUCGAGCAGGACGAUAGCUUCGCUCGGUUCAGUUCGCUGGUGUUUUUGGAUUUGAGUUUAAAUAAUUUCAUCGAGCUAUAUAGUGACGUGUUUAAUCCGUUUCCGUACGUGAAGACACUGUCGUUGUAUAAUAAUUUCAUCGAACUAGUACAUAGGGAUAGUUUUGUGUCGUUGAAGGAACUCCAGUCGCUGGAUUUGAGCCACAAUAAGAUAGUGUUCGUGGAUGCGGAAAUGUUUGCGGCGAAUCGGAAGCUGCACACCGUGGAUCUGAGCCACAAUCACAUCCACUACGUGAGCGGUGUCUUUGCCAAUCUACCACUACUGAGGGAGAUUUUUCUGAGUGAGAACAACAUUCUGGAACUGACGGACGAUUGUUUCAGUAAUUCCACUAGUGUUAAGGUGAUUUACCUAGAGAACAAUUCAAUUCAACGGCUGGAUGCGGACUCGCUGGUGACGCUGUUCAAUCUGGAGCAGCUGUAUCUGAGCGGAAACCAUAUCCUGCGGGUUCCAGGUGGAUUCUUCGAAUCCACUAGCAAGCUGCAGUCGCUUAGUUUAGAUAAUAAUAUGAUAAGUGAAUUAGAUGGACGAUUGUUUCGGCGACUGCCGAAUUUGCGUGAAGUGCGAUUGAACGACAAUCAGUUGAGACUGAUCAAGGAACAGCUCUUUGCUGGAUUAGGUAAUUUAAUGGAGCUUCAUUUGCAGAAUAAUGCCAUCAGAGUGAUUGAACGAUACGCCUUCAAACAUUGCCACCAGCUGCAGUAUAUCAAUUUGCAGCAAAAUGCGCUCGAUGAAAUUGAUACGAUUUUCUCCUACUCGGUGGACGGAUCGACGGCUAACCAUUUGCAGCAACCCCUAACAGCCAGGGGUAAACUGAUUACAACGAAGACGGGAGGAAGCAGUGACGAAUUGCCGUUCGGAAGUUUGGGAAUAGGAUCAGAGUCUUCGUCGGCGUCGUCGUCUUUGCUUUCAAUCCAGCUGAAUUCGAAUCAAAUCAAAUAUCUCCAUGGGAGUUCGUUCCAGGGACAGACAGAUGUGCAAGUUAUCUGGAUGGAAAAUAAUAUGCUAAAAAGCCUUGAUAAGAUGCUUUUCACCGAUCUCAUACAUUUGGAGAGGCUCUACUUGAAAAAUAAUUCACUUACUAGUAUCGAACUGGGCGCCUUUGACUCACAGCGAGCGCUAAAGCAUCUGGAUCUAAGUAUGAAUCGGUUGUCUGACUUGAGUGAGGAUCUUUUUCGAGGCAUGGUGGAACUGGAAGAGCUUAAUUUAUCUGACAAUGAACUAGAAAAACUAACCCCAAAUGCAUUUGGAGCCUUGCGGAGGUUAAGAGUUCUGGAUCUUAGCUACAAUAAGCUAGGCGAGCUCCGGUCGAAUGUGUUUCAGCCGAACUUUUCCGUUAGUGUAAUCAAUUUAAAGAAUUGUGGUCUUUCUCGGAUUGAACCAAAUGCUUUCAAAGGAUUGCAAAAUUUGAAUGAGUUAAACUUGGAAGAUAACAGUUUGAAAUCCGAUGACAUCAAACAGAUAGAUGCAAGUUCGUUGAGAACUCUACGACUGUCGGCUAAUAAUUUCACAAUAAUACGAGAAAAUAUGUUGGAUAGGCUACCAUCCCUGCAGACCUUGACCGUGGAUCGAUGUUCAAUCCGCGACCUUCCCUAUACGUUGUUCAGCAAAAACAACAAUCUUGUUAAAGUAGACCUCAGCAGCAACCUGUUGCGAACGUUAAGGCGAAACAUUUUCAUCAAUUUAAAUGUUUUCAAAGAACUUCGACUGUACAACAACUCCUUCAGCGAUUUCCCGCACAUCGCUUUAUCCAACGUUUCGACUUUGGAGCUACUUUCGCUGGCGAAAAACCAACUUACCAGCGUCGAUUUCUUCAAACUCAACGGUCUUCCAAACCUACGCCACCUAGACCUCCGGGACAACAGUAUUUCCUCGCUAUCGGGCUUCAACACCAUUACCCUGCCUCAUCUGGACAUGAUCGACCUUAGCGGAAACCUCCUGCUAGCACUUCCCGAAAACUUCUUCAAGCACUCGAUCAGCCUGCAGCGAAUCGACCUCUCCUGCAACCGAUUCAGCCAAAUCCCGAAUGCCGCCCUCUCGGAAUCAUCCCUCGCCCGGCUAGCUUGGCUUAACCUCACCGGAAACCCGCUGCAGCGAAUACACCAAACCAUGUCUUCCGACUUCCCCGAUCAGCGACACUAUCCCCACCUGAAGGAAAUUCACAUCAGCCAAACCAAUCUGACAAUCCUAACUAGUAAGGAUUUCGAAAUUUAUCCGGCCCUCCAGCGGCUCUACCUGUUGCAGAACCGAAUCAAUCGAGUCUCUCCGGGGGCUUUCGUAGCGCUCGCCAACCUGCAGGUUCUCGAUCUGAGCGUCAACGAAAUCGAAAUUCUUCCGAAAGAGCGCCUCCAAGGGCUGCGCCAGCUGGAGAUUCUCAACAUAUCCACCAACAACAUCAAAGAUCUGGACGAGUUCACCGAGGACCUACAGAAGCUGAGAAUCCUGGACGUUUCCUCCAAUCAGCUGGAGCGGCUGCAGAAGAACACACUGCGCCAUCUGGUGGCCCUGCAGGAGCUGAUGCUGUACGGCAAUCGGAUCGUCAGCAUUUCGUCCGAUGCGUUCCGUUCGUUGCGGGCGCUGCGGUUGCUGGAUUUGCGAAAAAACUACUUCGAGUACGUUCCGUUGAGGGCGCUCAAACCACUGGAGACGCACCUGCAAAAGCUACGCGUGGAAGAAAAUCCACUUGUUUGCUCGUGCGACACUCAGGAGCUGUGGGAGUGGCUGAGUGACCACCGAAAGUGGACCGUCGGCUACGAUAACGUGCGCUGCGAGCAGCCACCGGAAGUGCACGGCAAAAAUCUUCUGACAAUGGAACCGCAGGAAUUCUGCGAUACACCGCUGAUAUUGAAAAUCGCCAUUCAGGAUAUACAGCCGUAUUCGGUGCUGGUGUCGUGGCAGAGCCGAGAGCAUUCCGGAUUGCACGGGUACCAUGUGAUAUUCCAUUCGCUCGAUACGGUGGAGGAUAUCCGUGGUCGCACACUGAAUCGCUUGGCAAAUUCCGCCAAACUGGACCGGCUGUCGUCGAACACUCGGUACUUGAUCUGUGUUCUGGGGCUGGGCAACUGGUUGUCCUACCAGAGUGACAUUCACAGCCUGCUGAACCAGUCCAACCAGAUUCAGAACCAGAUCCUCAACAAUCAACCGGGCUUCAUGACGGAGGAACUGGAUUCGUUUUCCAACACGCUGCUGUCGCUAAUGAUGGAUACGCCGACAUCUCGCUGCACGGAAGUACGCACACUGGACGCCAUCGGGCCGAAUCCUCUAGCUGAGGUCGAUGGCAUGUCCAGUCAGGGAAUUAUCCAUUCGAUACUGACCCGCCGGUUAGGUCUAAUUGUAGGCUGCUGCUUAGGGAUUAUUGUGUUUAUAGUGCUAGUGUCGGUGCUUGGUUACUUAAAGAUCAAGAAACAGCGGCUGGAAGCCGCCAAGCGGCAACAGCAGCCUAUGGCUCCGGAAUUCAUUUCAUAUCGGCACUUUUCCAUUCCGAACGAUGAACACGGUCGAGAUGGCGUAGCUGCAGCAGGUGGAACGAAUACGUUUCUGCAUAAUAAUCACCACCAGCAGAACCAGCAACCGCCGGGGGUAGACGGACAUCCGAGCUUCAUAUCCGGAGCGGUACUGGGGACAACCACGACGCUAAACGGAGACGUGACCGACGAACGGAUAAAGGUAUUUAUCGAUAGUUGA